GAUGACCGAAGCAAAACGUCGAGACGGUCCAGACUUCUCUGCGCUGCCCGAAGGGUGCAUCGCCAGCGUCGUCUCCUUCACGAGCCCCCCCGACGCGUGCAGGCUCGCGUCCGUCUCGCCGAUUUUCAAGUCAGCGUGCGAUUCCGACGCCGUCUGGGCGUCGUUCUUGCCUCCGGACUGGCGCCCGAUGGUCUCCCGGAGCACUUCGUCGCUGAAGGAGCUCUACUUCAGCCUCUGCGACGACCCGGUUCUCGUCGGCGAUGGCAAAAUGAGCUUUUCGCUGGACAGGCAUAGUGGGAAGAAAUGUAUCAUGUUAUCUGCGAGGGCCCUGUCUAUAACAGGGGGUGAUACUCCAAGUAACUGGUCCUGGAAUCACAUGCCCAACUCCAGGUUUGCAGAAGUUGCUGAACUCAUGGAAGCAAAUCGGCUUGAAAUCAGAGGCACGAUUAGUCCUCGCAUGCUGUCGCCCAGAACCCUUUAUGCAGCGUAUUUGGUAUUCAAACUCACCCUCACCCACAAUAAUGGAUUUGAACUGCGGCUUUUUGAGGUUGGAGCUGGAUUUGCUGGUGAUGAAGUGGGCAAGCGUGAGCGCUAUGUUCAGUUAUCCAGAACGAAGAGAUCGAGUGGACCGCCCCGGCGCCGCCACUGUGGCGUAAUUCCACUAGCGCCCGAUGAGGGGGAUGGGAGCUAUCCUAAAGAGAGACGAGAUGGGUGGUCAGAGAUAGAGUUAGGUGAAUUCUUGACGGAGGAUGGACAAGAUGGGGAGGUUGCAAUAAAUGUCCUGGAUACGAGGAGCGAUUGGCGGAUGGUUGGGCUGGUUGUGGAAGGGAUCGAAAUUAGGCCCAAGGAUGGGAAAUAAAAGCACCUUUAUGCACGGCAUGUGUAUGCUUGUAUGUGCCGUCCCUUGAUUAAUAGCUUAUUCUCUCUGUUUUGCCGUUGCUCUUUCAAUGAUCUUCUAUCAAUUUUUGUUAGCUUUCUACCAAAUCAGAAAGGGUGAGCUUGUGAUCUAUAUUGACUUUAAUGUAAGUGGGGAAAGCAUAUGUGAUGGAACGAAUAGUGUUUUGAUCUGGUUUGCCAAGU